GGCACAACCGGAAGCGAAAGUGUUAGCCGGUGAGCACGGCGAGUUUGACACUGCUAGGCUGCUCGGCGGAGAGUUGCCGCCAGUGCCAAGUGGAACUGGACUCAGUGGACUCAAGCGAACUGCCGACUGUGAUGCCGCAGUGUGGGUGAAGCCGGCAGAUGUCGCCAUGCCGUACGUGGACCGACAGAAUCGCUUCUGCGGCUUCCUCGACAUUGAGGAGACGGAAAGCAGCGGCAAGUUCCUGCGCCGCUAUUUCAUUCUGAGCACGGAGCAUGGCAGUCUACUGUGGUACAUGGACAACCCACAGAAUCUUCCGGAAGGAGCAGAGAACGUGGGAUCGCUUAACCUCUCCUAUAUUUCUAUGGUGAGCGACGCCACCAAACUGAGACCGAAGACGGAGUUCUGCUUCGUUAUAAACGCAGGAAUGAGGAAGUUCUACCUGCAGGCCAACGACCAGCAGGACUUGGUGGAAUGGAUCGCCGUUCUCAACAACGCCACCAAAAUAACUGUGCCAAAGGACGACACGGCAGCGUCCGCAGACACCCAGCAGGACGUCCUGGGAGUCUCCUACAAGACUGAGAUCGUCGGAGGUGUGCCCUUCAUCACGGCUACUCAGGAACUCGGGGAGGGGCAGAAUGGGCCGGAUCGUGGAGCUUUGAGGCGGGGUCACCAUCAGCCACCUUUCUUCUUCUCCAGGGAAGUGCAGGACCAGGCCGUCAUCAAGGCGGGGUUCUGUGUCAAACAGGGAGCUGUGAUGAAGACAUGGAAGCGCAGGUACUUCAUCCUGGAUGAAAACGCCCUCAGCUACUUCAAGUCAGACUUGGACAGGGGGGCACUGCGCGUGAUCUCCCUCAAGGACAUUCUCAAGGUCCAGGAGUGCAAACAGAGUGAGCUGAUGAUGAGGGACAACCUGUUUGAGAUGGUCACCAGCUCCAGAACCUUCUACUUGCAGACUGACACUCCAGAGGACAUGCACAGCUGGAUUAAGGCCAUUUCCGGCGCCAUCGUGGCCCAGCGGGGACCCGGCCGCUCCAUCAACACCGAUCACGCUGAGCCGUCCCCUCCCGCCGCCACCUCGUCGUCCUCCAUCUUCUAUUACCCCCUCAGUGAGGAGCCACAUUACCCACAAUCCUCCUGUGCGCCCAGUCAGCCUGAAGGUGAACUCUCACCAUCACAACUUCCCGCCCUUUCCUCCGCCGAGGCCGAGCAGCGGGAUAAGCCGUCAUGGAAACAGUGCGGCGACGUUACCCAGCCGGUGUUUGCCGGCGGUGAGGAGGAGCCGAAUGCCGCCAUGCCAUCAGACGCAUGACCUUGAGUUGACCUCGUGAGGAGGAGGAUGAAUGGUGACUUCUUGUUGUCCUUUUUUUAAAUUUCAUUUUAUAUAUGUAACAAACUUUUCUUACCUUCACUUUGCUUUGCUGACUCCUUCUUUUGGAUCAUCUAUUUAUUAUUAAAAGGCUCCUUUUAAAGAUCUCACAUUGAGGCGAUGGCUCACUCUGAGUUUGAAUGCACAGACAAGACUAUUAUUAUAAGUAUCGACUUGGGUGUGUCUGGAUGUCUGUGCAACCAGGUAUUAUUGUGUUAUAUACUUUUAAGCUAUUUUAUUACUUGUUGUAUUUGUAAGAAAUAUUAUCACUAUUGGCAAAGUAAUUAUUAUAGGGUUGGGUUUCUUUUCGUUACCUUUUUAUGAGGUUAUGUCGCCCCUAGAGGGAUAAAUGCCGUCCUCUUGUGGACGUGGGCGGUACUACACUAACCCUCAACAACCGAGGAUGACUUGUUUUUUUGUUCAAUGUUCAAAAACUUGAUUUUAAUGUGUAAAUUAAGCAUUUUUACGACAUAUGCUUUUGGGGAUUGAGGUUCCAAAGAGAACUUAAAACAUUGAAAAUAAAUUGAUAA